AUGACAGAUAGCAGUCACUCCUUUGCCCUCGUGAUGGCUUACAGUACCCCAGAAGGACAAUUUCCAUGGAGUCGACUUCCACGAGAGUUGCGAGUGAAAAUUCUGCAGAAUCUCUGCCGAAGUGAGCUCGACAGAUGUCUGCUUGUGAAUCGGGAAAUGUUCGAACUUAUCCGGUCUCAUGAGCGACUGAUGAAGAGGCGACUUUUGGAUAAACUGGUCACUAGAGAAUUCAAGAAAUCAAGAACAUUGAAAAGGAAACGAAUGGCGAGUAUUCAAGACGACGGCCGUUACCUUUCAAAGGUGUUCAGAAAUGCCAACAUUCGUCGCCUACAACUCGAAGAGGUAAGCCUGACGAGCGAUUUCCUUUCACCGAUCAGUUCCUGCCUGGUACAUGCGGGCUGUCGAGUACAAACACUGUCCAUCAGUCAAACAUCGACAAGCAAUCUGGCAAAUUCUUCGCUUUUUCGCUUUCUUCGCUCCAUCGCUCCAUCUGGAAUCGAACUGUGUCAAAUUUCGGAAAGCUUUCGUGAAAAGGUUACCUUAGAGAUUUUACAAUUCCUUGUGACGAGAGAACGUUUUGCUGUACACGAUACUGGUAUUGUUCCAAUAGAUGACCAUAUUCUUGAACAUAUCACUGCUUCUGAAUUCCUUAUCAGUGCUCCGAACCUGAUUACUGUCGAUGGUCUAAAGUCAUUUAUCGAGUCGCUCGAGAAGCGAAGCAUGAACGCUAUCCAUCGCAUGGUGUCAUCCAUAUUAGCGAAUCGACCUGUGCGUCGUUAUCGUAAGGCCGCUGGAAGUUCUGGUUCUGUUUUCAACGUUUACAGAUUCGGAGUUCCACCCUUUGUCCGCUAUCUCGACCAGGACACCACCUGCCUUUGGAGUUCCUUCCUUUCCUUGCUACUCAUUCCAAUGCCACAGAAACAUUCUCGAACCAAAAACCAAGUACAAGAAGAAGGAAAGAAAAAGGAUGACAAGAAAAACUCCGGAAAGAUCGAGUCACACACGAGCACUAUGGAGGCGAUUGAUGGUCUGUGCGACCUUCCACUCUCUCAAUCAAAGGACCCUUUUCCAUGGAAUUGUCUACCACGAGAGCUGCAGUUGAAAAUUCUCCAGUAUCUCGACCGAAGUGAUCUUGACGUAUUCAGAGCGUUCAGACCGAGAAGAUAUGAGCCAAUACGGCGGUCGAAUGGUCCAGUAGUGGGACAGCACCAUUUUACUACAUUCACUUCAUUCCUUCACUAUCACCUCAGAAAGGUGCUCAGAAAUGCUGACAUUUCCCAUCUGAAUAUCUUCUCGAUGCCCUUGACGUGCGAGUUUCUGUCAACAAUCAUAUCUUGUAUAGAAGAUGCGGGUUGCCGAGUAAACGAGUUGACCAUCGAGAAAACAUCGACAACCGGCCACCUGUCUGAUGUGCUUCUUCGAUUCUUUCACACCAUUGCUCCUGUCGACAUCUCUAUAGAAGAAAGCUACAGAAGCUUUCUUAACACUCUUACCCCAGAAGGUUUAGAGUUCAUUGUAACGAGACCAUCUUUCUCUAUAUCUGCUCUUCAACUAUCCUCCAUCAUCCCAAUAGACGACGAUGUUCUUGCAAACCUCACUGCUACUAGAUUCUGGAUCGAUGCUCCGAAUAUGAUCACCAGUAAUGGCCUCAAAUCAUUUCUCCAGCGUGUGAUAAGUGGAGAACUGACGGUGAGACGCGGAUCAAUUAGCACCCACUUGCAUCUGUACGACGUUCCAUUCCCGGCGUUUACAAAUUCAAAUAUGGUAAUUGUAUUGAGCAGAUUUGAUCUGGGAUACGUCUUGAAUAACAUCGAGAUCAUCCCAGUCGAGGAAGCAGAAUUGAGACGAAUCUAA